CCGGCUCCUGGCACCAAGUGAAGGCUGCUAUUGUGGUCUCCGGGGACGGUGGUUGAAGGGUGGCUCAGUGCCCGAGGGCAUGGCCCAUCAAGAGGCUCUGGGAAAGGGCAGUCCUGCGUCCCCGCUGUACCCUUGGCGACACGGUCUGCGUGGGAGGGGAAGAGUGUGAGCCGCGGUCCCUGGCGCCGCCUCUUCUCUCCGGCUGCACCCCAGCUCUGGCUCCACGUGGUUUUCACCACUGGCCCCGCAGACCGGGUGGUCCCAACGCUGCUCGGGAUUGGAGAGGUCGUGGCGGAGAACCGCGAGCCCCAAAGGAGUGAGUCUGUGAUUUCGUCGGAAAAGAGCGAGGAACACGCUCUGCGGGAAAACUGGACUCCACAGGCUUCCGACGACGAACCUUGGACAGAGGGUCCGGGAGUCCUGAAAAGCCAGGUGAGCGGUCCUAGGGGAAGGACAAGCCAGGGUCAUCAUCCGGACCGCCAUGGCCGUGCACGCCCGUCGUCUGUGCCACAUUGCCUUCCACGUGCCCGCGGGGCAGCCCCUGACCCAGGAUCUGCAGCGUCUCUUUGGUUUCCAGCCCCUGGCGGUGCGGGAAGCAGAAGGCUGGCGGCAGUUGGCCCUGCGCAGCGGCGACGCGGUCUUUUUGGUGAACGAGGGCGCAGGGCUGGGGGAGCCGCUGUAUGGCCUGGACCCACGUCAUGCUGUGCCCAGCGCCACCAACCUGUGUUUCGACGUGGCGGACGCGGGCGCCGCCGCCCGGGCGUUGGUCGCGCAGGGCUGCAGCGUGCCGGUGCCCCCGGUUAACGUGAGGGAUACGCAGGGCACAGCCACCUACGCUGUGGUCCGCUCGCCCGUGGGCAACCUCAGCCUGACACUCCUGGAGCGUGCGGGCGUCCGAGGGCCUUUCCUCCCAGGAUUCCAGCCCGUAUCCUCUGCAGCCAGCCCGGGCUGGGUCAGCCACGUGGACCACCUCACCCUAGCCUGCAUCCCUGGCAGCUCCCCCACACUGAUGCGCUGGUUCCACGACUGCCUAGAUUUUCGCCACCUUCCACUGAGUCCAGGUGAGGACCCAGAGACAGGCCUCGAGGUGACAGCAGGAUCUGGGCGAGGGGGACUGAAGAUCACCGCCCUGCAGACCCCACCAGGCAGUGCCGUCCCCACUCUCGUGCUGGCUGAGACCCUACCGGGGGCUUCUAGUGGACAGGACCAGGUGGAGCAGUUCCUGACCCGGCACAGGGGACCAGGACUGCAGCACGUUGGGCUCUACACACCGAACAUUGUAGAAGCCACUGAGCAGGUAGCAGCAGCUGGGGGCCAGCUGCUGGCUCCUCCUGAGGCAUACUACGAGCAGCCGGGCAAGGAAAGACAGAUCCUAGCUGCUGGGCAUGAGCCUAGCCUGCUGGCCCGACAGGGGAUCCUGCUGGAUGGCGAUGAAGGCAAGUUUCUGCUUCAGGUCUUCACCAAGUCUCUCUUUCCAGAGGACACCUUCUUCCUGGAGCUGAUUCAGAGGCAGGGGGCCACAGGCUUUGGCCAGGGCAACAUCCGGGCCCUAUGGCAGUCGGUGCAGGAGCAAGCCACCAGGGACUUAGAAGCCUGAGGAAGGUUGUGGCUGGUUUCAGCCUCCUGUACUGGAGCACAGGGCCAGCUGAACUGAGAAACACCUGCAGAGGCUUGGGGUGAAGGGCUUUGUCUCCAGGGGCCAGGUACGGCCACCAUGUCUUCGGUACCUACCAGAACUUGAAGCUCUCACUGGGGUCCAAAGAGGUGGGAUUUUUUUUUUUUUUUUAAACUAUGAAAUGUUCUUACGUAGUCUAUAACUAACAUAAAGAACGAUAAAGGAAUUAUAGUAGGAAAUAGAACUUACCAAUACUUUUGAA